AAGCAGUGCGCAGGCGCAGAACAAACGGUCGCGGUGAGUUUGAAAAUCCACAAACGCCCCGGAAUGGCUUCAUGUUUUUAGCUUUUAGAAAUGUAAUACAAUGGCAGAACAACAGAGCCGUUCGCUGAUUUCGGAACCAGAUUCUCUUUCGAGCCGUUCACUAAACAGAAGUUUGAGAAUUUUCGAGAAGGAGAGAAGAAAGAAGGAGGAGGAUCCGUUUGUUGUCGCUAUCAGCUAUUUUAGAGACGUUAAAGCAGGAACUCCAAUUUUGGGGAAUGAUGAGUUGGGGAAGAACCUGGCACUGGUGGAAAAAGUGGCCUUCAAUACGGGACUUCCCCCAGAGGCCAUCGCUGUGAUGCUGGAGUUUGCCAUGAGUCUGCGCAUGGGUUCCGGUCCAUGCGUGCGGGUUCUAAAGUGUCUGAUUCCUAACUCUGUGGUGCCACAGCAUGCAGUCCUCAGAGCUGUGGUAUUGCUGACCAUUGGAAAAUUACCCAUCAGCACUCAGGUUUUGUUCCUCAAGUGGAUCCUGACUAUGUUUGACAUGAUUGAUGCAAAAGACGAACUGCGUGCAAUUUAUGGCAUAAUCUUCAGCCUUGUAACGGAGGAAAAUCUGUGUCCUUACGUUUGCCACCUGCUCUACCUUCUAACUAGAAAAGAGAACGUGCAAGUCUACCGAGUCAGGAAGCUGCUUGAACUACAGUCUAAACUGGGUCGACAGCCGUUUCUGCUCCACCUGCUCUCGCUCUACAAGGUCUUUUGUCCUGAGCUGGUCAAAUUGCAUGUUUUCUCUUCGCUACAGAUUGAAUUUAAAAACCAUAACUCUCCGUGGAAGUCAGCGCUGAUGGCCGUCCAGAAGAGGAACGGUAGUCAGGUGGCUUGCAGCAGCCUGCCGUUUACGCUUGCGAAUAAGAGCAACGUACGGAAAAGGAAACACAUCCACCUGCAGUUUCCUGCUGUGAAUUCUGUUAUGAACAGAGACGCCUCCUGCAACAACAAACUUGUUCCACUGCAGCAGAUCAACUCCUUCUCUGAGCUUCUAAAGAAUCUGCACCGAAUCGAGCUCCCAGCUCAGAUGGGAUCACUCCUGACCUCCGGUGUGGCCCUGCACUACCUAUACUGUGUUCAGAGCGAGUCGGCUCUCCUACGUCUCAACUUCUGGCUUGGUUUUGCCCUCCAGGAAGAUUUUCUCUUCUGUUCUGACGGAAAAGGCUUUCAAGAGUCAGAGGAAGCGGUUGAGUUUUUGGACAAAUUGCUGUCCGCACAGCACUUUCUCCAGGAAUCAUUUGCCAGCACAGAGGUUUUCCUCUACAAGUUCCUGACAGUUUGGGACGGUUCGCUGUUUCGUCCGCAGAUCUUCAGUCUGCUCAGCCAGAUUCCUGUCAUUCCCAGCUCCAAAAUAAAAGAAAUUCUGCUGCAGCCUCUCGCACAGCUCUUCUUCACCUCGUCUGUGGUGUUCAAAUGUGAGGUUAUUGAGUGUCUGAACAGCAUGCUGUCCAGUUGGCUGAUUUGGCACAUGGUGAACGUUCGGGAGGAUGAGCUGGACAUUACUCUCAGCAGUCACUCUACCAUAAACAUGUCCUUGUCGGGGUUCAUGGACUCAGUGUUGGAGCUGAUUCAAUUUGUGGGCCACAUCUCCUCUGUUGGUCUUCAGUUUGAAAGCAGCAGCACCCUCCUCCUGAGGUUCAUCCUGGACUUUUAUGAGACGGUGUGUGACACGUACCUCAAAUUUGGACUUCCUUUAAUUGUGAUGCCGCCUCCUGGUGUUUUCUAUCAAGCUCUGUUUUCCAUUGACCCCGUCAGCGUGGAUCAUCUGGCCUUCAUCAUGUUCAGGUAUAAGGAGAACUUGACUGCGGCCAAGACUCAAGAAAAAGCACCAGAGAAUGCUUUUCACAUCAGCCGGCAAACGUUCCACGAGUUCAACCACUACCUGCAGGUCUUGGUCAACUGCCUGUGGAAUUCCAAGCUAAUUCAUCCCAAAACUGGUUUACAACUGAGAGAGGAGCUUUUGGCCGAGACCAAAAUACCAGACUACAGGCGGAGUUUUGACUUGGUCCAUCACCCUGCUUUUCUCAGCUAUGCCGUGGAUUUCCACCAGAGAUGUUGGCCUGAGAAGGAGCUGGACCUCGGCUGUAUCAAGACGUUUCAGUUCUGGAGCUGGUAUCUUCAGUACCUGUACAGUCAAGGCUACGACGGUCUUCAGCGCAUCGUUCCACUAUCAUAGUACAUAGGACAAUGUCUGGUGUGACCGCAUGAGAGACAUCAGGAUUUUACUACUUUCCAAUCUGGCUUGUAAAAUAAAAUUCAGUUUUAGUGUUUUUGUUGUUGUGUAAAUAGAUUCUGUUUUUUUUUUUAACACAGAAGGUUGGAGCAGGACCAGGUCAAGAAGUUUCGGCAGUACGUGUGUUGAGAUGUCAAUGCUUUUUUUCGAAGGAAAUCAAAUCCUCAUUUUUGUUGUCUUCCUUCACUUUGACCUCGCCCCUGCCCUUGUACAGUUGAAUUGUUUCAUUGUUUCAUGUUGUUUUUACUCAAUUUAAAAGUACCAAUUUGAACCACUUUCCUUGUGUAAACCUUGAUGACCGUCAGCUCACUGCGUCCUCACAUUCCCAUUUUCUCAGCUUUCAGACAUUUGGGGUUUAACAUUCAUUAAAUAAUGACUUCUUUGCUAAACUCAUUCUCAAAGGACAGCCUUUUAAUUUAAGUUCUGAAAAUAAAACUGCAAAGUCAAACUGUUU